AUGAGCAGCCCGUGCCUGCUGCGCACUGCCCCCAUAAGCCAACCCCGGCUAAGAGACGUCAAGAUCAGCCUAAAGGCCAGCAGCAGGGAUGCUGGAGCCGUCCGGAGCAGCAAGGAGACCGCAAGCCGACCCUUUACUCCAGCUGAGAAAGAGGCCCAGGUCCGGGUCGGAGCGAGCAGCAGCAGCGGCAGCAGCCGGAGCAGGAGCACCCCACCAGUCCAUCGCGCCCUCAGACCCGAGAGCAGGAAGGCAACAAGCAAGCAGCAGGUACCGGAGCAGCACCCCGAGAGGAAUGGCACCGUCCUGCACAUCCCACCUACCUCGGCGCACACGGGGCUCUCCCCCUUCUCCUCAUCAUCGUCCUCGUCCUCCUCCUGCACGCCGCGGCGUCCGCGGCCCUCUCAAACUCACCCGGACCUGGCCCCCAUCCUCUCCUCCUCCUCCUCUUCCUCAUCAGCCAGGAGCAUGAAGAGGGCGCGCUGGCUUAGUUACAGCACCUCCAACAUCUGCUUCAACUCCAUCCUGGAUGGACGCUUCAGGCAGCUGCAAGAUGAGCGCGAGGCAGUUCAAAAGAAGACCUUUACUAAAUGGGUCAACUCGAUCCUUUCCCGAGUCGGCUGUCGCAUCUCUGACCUCUACCUGGACCUUCGUGACGGACGCAUGCUCAUUAAACUGCUGGAGGUCCUGUCUGGAGAACGUCUGCCGAAGCCCACUAAAGGCCGGAUGCGCAUCCACUGUUUGGAAAAUGUGGACAAGGCCUUGCAGUUUCUCAAAGAGCAGAGGGUACACCUAGAGAACAUGGGGUCCCAUGACAUCGUCGACGGCAACCACCGCCUCAUACUUGGGCUCAUUUGGACCAUCAUCCUGCGUUUCCAGAUCCAGGACAUUAUUGUGGAAACAGGCCAGGCGGACCAGAAGGAGACACACUCAGCUAAAGAUGCUCUUCUUCUGUGGUGUCAGAUGAAAACUGCAGGAUACCCGAACGUCAACAUCACAAACUUCACCACGAGCUGGAAAGACGGAAUGGCCUUCAACGCCCUCAUACACAAACACCGGCCUGAUCUGGUGGACUACACCAAACUGAAGAGGUCCAAUCCAACCCACAACCUCCAGAACGCCUUUAAUGUGGCAGAACAGAAGCUUGGUGUGACCAAGCUGUUAGACCCAGAAGAUGUUUUCACAGAGAACCCAGAUGAAAAAUCCAUCAUCACGUACGUCGUGGCAUUUUACCACUACUUCUCCAAGAUGAAGCAGCUCGCUGUCGAGGGAAAGCGAGUCGGAAAGGUUCUGGAUCAAGCUAUCGAGACGGAGAAGAUGAUCGAUAAGUACGAGACGCUGGCUUCAGACCUGCUGACGUGGAUCGAGCAGACCAUCGUCGUGCUAAACAACAGGAAGCUCGCCAAUUCUCUGACGGGCGUCCAGCAGCAGCUUCAGGCCUUCAACACGUACCGGACUGUCGAGAAGCCGCCCAAGUUCCAGGAGAAAGGGAAUCUGGAGGUGCUGCUCUUCACCAUUCAGAGUCGCAUGAGGGCCAACAACCAGAGGGUCUACACGCCGAAAGAGGGAGCCUUGGUGUCGGACAUCAACAGGGCCUGGGAGCGUCUGGAAAGGGCGGAGCACGAGCGGGAACGGGUCCUGAGGGACGAGCUGAUCCGGCAGGAGAAGCUGGAACAGAUGGCGCGAAGAUUCGACAGGAAGGCGGCCAUGAGGGAAACGUGGCUCCUGGAGAACCAAAGACUAGUGGCUCAGGAUAACUUUGGCUACGACCUGCCAGCCGUGGAAGCAGCUAAGAAGAAGCACGACGCCAUCGAGACGGACAUCACCGCAUAUGAGGAGCGCGUCCAGGCGCUGGUGAACAUCUCCAAGGAGCUGGAGUCUGAGCGUUACCACGACGCCAAGCGGAUCGACGUGCGAAAAGACAAUAUCCUGCGUCUGUGGGACUACUUGCAAGAGCUGCUGAGGGCCCGCAGAGGGCGUCUGGAUAUGAACCUCACCCUGCAGAGGAUCUUCCAGGAGAUGCUCUACAUCAUCAGUUGGAUGGAUGAAAUGAAGGCACGACUGCUCUCUCCUGACUUUGGGAAACACUUGUUAGAGGUGGAGGACUUGCUUCAAAAACACGCUCUGCUAGAGAACGACAUCGCCCUGCAGGCAGAGAGGGUACAGAGUGCCAGUGCUGCUGCUCUGAAGUUUGCAAACGGAGAUAGCUAUAAGCCAUGCGAUCCUCAAGUGAUUCGAGACAGGGUGCAGCACCUCAACCUCUGCUACCAGGAGCUUUGCGCCCUGGCCGCACAGAGAAGAGCUCGGCUGGAGCAGUCCCGCCGGUUCUGGAACGUCCUGUGGGAGGUGGCGGAGCUGGAGAGCUGGAUCAGAGAGAAAGAGCAGCUCUUCUCCUCUCUGGAUUACGGCAAGGACCUGACGAGCGUGCUGGUGCUCCAGAGCAAGCACAGCGCCUUCGAGGACGAGCUCGGAGCUCGCCGCAGCAACCUGCAGCAGGUCUUGGCUGAAGGGGAUAAGAUGAUCCAGGCCAAGCACUUCGGCUCUCCGAAGAUCCAGGAGUGCAUGGACGACAUCAGGAGGCAGUGGCAGCAGCUGGAGGACCUGGCUGCCUUUCGAAAGCAGAACCUUCGGGAUACCCAAACGUUCUUCCAGUUUCAGGGCGAUGCGGACGAGCUUAAAGCCUGGCUGCUGGACGCCAAGAGGCAGAUGAGCAGCGACGACGUCGGUCACGAUGAGUACACGACUCAGCGACUACUGAAAAACCAGAACAACUUGAGAAACGAAGCCAUCAAGAACGGAGCCACCAUCGAUGCGCUGUCCAAACAGGCCAGCGCUCUGCCAGAGGAGCUACAAAACACCCCUGGCAUCCAGAGACGUCUAAAAGACAUCAAGGACCUUUACAUGGAGCUCCUGACUCUGGCUGACCUGAGGCAGAAGAAACUGGAUGACACCAUGGCCCUGUACACCAUCUUCAGUGAGACGGACGCUUGUGAGCUCUGGAUGAGCAUGAAGGAGACGUGGCUGGUGGAUUUAGAGGUUCCCGAGAACCUGGAGGAUUUGGAAGUGGUACAGAACAGGUUAAGCGCUCUGGCUCAAGAAAUGGUGAAUGUUCAGUCGAGAGUAGAUGACGUCAACAAAGCUGCAAAACAGCUUGAGGAGAGCAGACACCCUCGCACUAAAGAGAUCAAGGAAUGCCAGAUGCGACUGAAUAAAAGAUGGGAAGCAUUCAAGGCUAUGGUGGAGGACAAGAAAAGGAGAGUCGAUUCUGCUGUUAGUCUACACAACUAUGGGUUGGAGUGUGAUGAGACAGGAACCUGGAUCAAAGAAAAGACACGGGUGAUCGAGUCCACGCAGGAUCUGGGCAACGACCUGGCAGCUGUCAUGACAAUCCAGAGGAAACUGUUUGGCAUGGAGAGAGACUUAGCAGCUAUCGAGGCCAAGCUCACCUUCCUUAACGAAGAGGCAAACCAGCUGGCCCAGGACCACCCGGAGAACGCAGCAGAUAUCUUAGCCCGCAGGGCGGAGCUCGAUGCAGCCUGGGAUAGACUUAGAAAGACCCUGAAGGACAGGGAGGACUCUCUAGGCGAGGUCAGUAAGUUACAGACUUUCCUCCAAGACAUGGAUGACUUCCAGUCCUGGCUGUUCAAAACCCAGAAAGCUGUGGCAUCUGAGGAGAUGCCCACCUCCCUGCAGGAGGCCGAAGAGUUGCUCAGCCGUCACAACGCUGUGCGAGAAGACAUAAACAACCAUGAAGAGGACUAUCACCGUGUGAGGGACACAGGAGCUCAGGUCACCCAGGGUCAGGAAGAUGAUCCUCAGUACCAGCAGCUGGAGCAGAGGCUAAAAGGGCUGGACCGCGGCUGGUAUGAGCUCCAGAAGAUGUGGGACAGUCGUAGAAAUUUCCUGGACCAGGGUUUGGGCUUCCAGCAGUUCUUGAGGGACGGCAAAGCUGUAGAGGCCAUCCUAAAUAAUCAGGAGUACACGCUGGCCCACAUAGACAAGCCCGACACGUUGGCAGGGGCAGAAAAGGCUUUGAAGAAGCAUGAAGACUUCGUCAGCACGAUGGAAGCCAACGAAGAUAAGAUCGAUGGCGCCCUUCAGGGCGGGCAGCGGCUGGUGGACAGUAACAACUUGCACUCUCCCAAAGUUCAGGAGAAAAUGGACUCAGUCCGGGACAGGCAAAGCAAGAAUAAGAGACGAGCUGUGGAGGUGUCUGAAAAGCUGAGAGAUAACCGUGACCUUCAGCACUUUCUGCAAAACACUCAAGAUCUGACUGUGUGGAUCAAUGAAAAGAUGCUGACAGCUCAGGAUACCUCAUACGACGAGGCCAGAAACCUUCACAGCAAGUGGCUCAAACACCAGGCUUUCAUGGCGGAGCUGGCCUCCAAUAAGGACUGGCUCAAUAAAGUAGAUCAGGAGGGUCAGGAGCUCAUGGAAUCCAAGCCUGAGUUUGAGCCCAUUGUGAAGGAGCGCCUGGCCCAGCUUCACGAGCUCUGGGACAAACUGGAGUCCACGACUCAGGAGAAGGACCGGCUGCUGUUCGAUGCCAAUCGCUCAGAGCUGUUCGACCAGAGCCUGGCUGAUAUGAAGAAGUGGCUGGCCGAGCUUCAGCAGCAGUUGCAGAGCGGAGAUGAGGAUGUGAAAGAUCUCACAAAUGCCAAUAUCCUGCUGAAAAAGCACCAGAUGACGGAGAACCAGGUUCGUGACCGGGCGCGGGAGCUGGACGAGCUCCAGGAGGCUGUCAGGAAGCAUGGAGGAGCCAGGGAGGACCAGCCGGAGCUGGAGGCCGAGCAGCAAGCCCUGCAGAGCGAGUUCCAGCAGCUCCUCACGCCGCUGUCCCACCGCCGAGGCAAGCUGGAGGCUGCCAAAGCCGUCCAUCAGUUUUACAGAGACCUGGCUGACGAGCUCCUCUGGAUUGAGGAGAGGAUGCCCCUGGCAAUGUCACAGGAGCACGGCAACAAUCUUCAAACUGUGCAGAUGCUGUUGAAAAAGAACCAGACGCUGCAGAGGGAGAUCGAGGGCCACCAGCCUCGUGUCGACGAGGUGCUGGAGCGAGGCAGGCGGAUGGCGGCUGCGGCCAGCGCGGAGGACAGGCCGGAGGCGGAGCGGAUCGGGGACCAGAUGCAGGAGCUGGAGGAGGCGUGGGCCCGGCUGCAGGACGAGAUGGCCAAACGGCGGGAGAGGCUGAGCGGCUCCAACUUGGCCCAGCAGUAUUACAACGAUGCUGAUGAGGCCGAGGCCUGGAUAGGAGAGCAGGAGCUCUACAUGAUUGCGGAUGAAAAGGCGAAGGAUGAGCAGAGCGCCAUGCUGAUGCUGAAGCGCCACCUGAUCCUGAAACAGGCAGUGGACGACUACGCCGCCUCCAUCCAGAAGCUUUCCGAUCGCGCGCAGAAGAUGCUCGCAGAGGACCAUCCCGACGGGGAGGAGGUCAUAAGGCGGCAGGGUCAAGUAGAUAAGCAGUACGCAGGCCUGAAGGAGCUGGCAGAGGACCGCAGGAAGAAGCUGAACCACACCUACCAUCACUUCCUGCUGAGCAGAGAGGUGGAGGACCUGGAACACUGGAUUGCAGAGAAAGACGUGGUGGCGUCCUCACAGGAGAUGGGACAGGACCUGGACCACGUCACGCUCCUGAGGGAUAAAUUCAGAGAGUUUACGCGGGACACGGGGAUGAUGGGUCAGGAUCGGGUGGACAUGGUGAACCAGACCAUAGACGAGCUGAUUGAAACGGGCCACAGCGAAGCGGCCACCCUGGCAGAGUGGAAGGACGGCAUAAACGAGAGCUGGGCUGACCUGCUGGAGCUCAUCGACACUCGAUCUCAGCUCCUCACGGCGUCUUACGACCUCCUCAAGUACUUUGAUGACGGAAAGGAGUUGGUGACGCAGAUCCACGAGAAGCAGAAAGAGCUGCCAGAGGACGUGGGAGACGAUUUCAGCAAAGCCGAGUCCUUCCACAGGAUGCACGCUGCUUUCGAGAGAGACAUCACCGCCCUGGGCAAACAGGUGCAACAGUUCCAGGAGACGGCCUUAAGGCUUCGAGCUCAGUAUGCGGGCGACAAACAGGACGCCAUCCAGGCCAUGGAGAGGGAGGUCAUCGAAGCCUGGAAGGGCCUGCUGGACGCGUCCGACGGCCGGCGGGCGGAGCUGGUGGACACGGCCGAGAAGUUCCGCUUCUUCAGCAUGGUGCGAGACCUGAUGGCCUGGAUGGAGAGCAUCAUCCAGCAGAUAGAGACUCAGGAGAAACCCAGGGACGUCUCCUCCGUGGAGCUGCUGCAGAAGUACCACCAGGGGAUCCGUUCAGAAAUCGAAACCAGGAGCCCCAAGUUCACGGACUGCAUAGACCUCGGCAAGUCCAUGCUGACACGCAAGCACCGAGACUCUGCUGAAAUCAAAGAGAAGCUGGUUCAGCUGAUGGAGAAAAGGCAGGAAAUGAUGUUCAAAUGGGACGACAGAUGGGACUGGCUCCGACUCUUGCUGGAGGUGUGUCAGUUUGCACGAGACGCUUCGGUGGCAGAGGCCUGGCUCAUCGCUCAGGAGCCCUACGUGACCAGCAGGGACCUGGGCCAGAGCGUGGACGAGGUGGAGAAACUCCUCAAGAGGCACGAAGCCUUUGAGAAAUCCACCGCCACAUGGGAGGAACGCUUCUCAGCUCUGGAGCGCCUCACUACGUUGGAGUUGCUGGAAGUGAGGAAGCAGCAACAGGAGAUUGAGCAAUUCAUCAAGGACGAGCAGCGCUCAGAUAAAGAAAGCAGGAGAGAAGACACAGGCUUCGUAGAAGAAUCUUCACAACUCUACACUAUUGAGGAACAAGCCCUGUCUGGUGCGAUGGAGCCCAGCUCAGGUCAGCUGGACGGGACUGCUGGUGACUCCACGAUGCCGAUGGUGUCAGAAAUGAGAGAGAGCGCCUCUCUGGAGCUGGAGCCCUCUGUCUCGGUUGUGACUCCCAGAGAACCAGAGAGGGCGGCCACCAUGCCGUCAGAGACCCAGAGGUCGCAGGCAGUGCUGCAGGAGGGCAUGCUCUGCCGCAAGCAUGACGUGGAAGGCUCCGGAAAGAAGGCUUCAAACAGGUCCUGGAACAAUCUGUACUGCGUACUGAAGCCGGGUCAGCUCUCGGCAUACAAGGACUCCAAAAGCUUUGGUCACGGAGUGACGUUCCACGGUGAGGACCCCCUGACCCUCGGCAACGCCACCUGGGAGAUCCUCACCAAUUACAAGAAAAAGAAGAACGUAGCCAAGCUGCGACUUGCAGAUGGCAGCGAGUAUCUGUUCCAGUGUAAAGAUGAGGAGGAGCUCCAGCGCUGGAGCCAGGCCAUGGAGAAGGCCGUUCAGACCCUGGCAGCGGAGGAGGCCCUGGGCCCCUCGGGCUCCAAAACCCACAGCCUGCCCACCGCUCCCUCCUCCUCAACUGCCCUGCCUGAGCCCAGCGCUGCCAAGAAAGACAAGGAGAAGAAGUUCAGCCGCUUUGCCAAGAAGAAGUGAAUGAGAAAGGAGAGCCGCCUGGAGAGGCAGUAGCCUAGGCAACCUGGAAAGAGGAAGUAGUAUUUGUGUACGACCAGUCGGAGCAAGCUUUAUAUCACCCGAUUUCUUUCUUUCUUUGUUGUUUUUUUUUUUUCAUAUGAUUUUUGUGACAAAUAGUGUAGUUUAGGUUGAAAGCCAUCACUAUUGCCUGUAUUUAAGCGAGUGUAUGAUUACAGAAAAAACCUUUUUAUUUGUAUUUAGAAAUGCUAAGGCGAAAGAGUAAAUUAAAAGCACAGGAAUGCUUCACACUCAACCAAAGAUUAUUUGUAAAACUUUUCUUUUUCUUUUUUUUUGUUUACUUCAGCUUCAGUUUCUUUUUGUGUGCUUUGUUUAUGCAUGCUUUGAUAAAAGCCAUACAGGACAUUAAGGUAUUUUCAUCAAUUUGCCUUAUAAAAUGGUUGUGAACUGUAAUACUGUGCUGUUUGAGUUCAGAGCACUAAAUGCUAACGUACCGACGCAGAGUGAAAUACACGGCGUUUGAGAGGAGCUUUGUAAAACGCAGAGACGAGGAAAGCAUGGCGCAGUGCAGAACGGCGCACACACUGCAGGUGUAAUUGCAGUUAUGCAAACUAAACGCUCUAUGCACCGGGAAGAGUCGGAGUGAAUACAUUUUAUUUUUUAAGUGAUAGUAGCAGUCAUGUGGGCUGAGAGUACCGUCUAACUUACAGGCUGUACUCUCAUCUCAUCUCUGAUAGUUAUUUUAUUUUUUUUUUCCUGAAUUUCAAAUAUAUUCAACACUUGUGUAACAAACUCUGACUUUCAUAUCUAUUCAUUGACAUGUAUACACUAUAUAUCUGCAGAUGCAUGGAGUACGUUUUACAUUAGUUUGACAUGGUGCUAUCGAGAUAUUCCUGAAGCAAGACCAACUCGACAUGCCUUAUAUGUCACCAAGUUGCAGUCGCACUAAUGAAAUGAGUUCUGCUAGCACUCUUCCCUCUGUGGGGUGUUUCAUAAAGGUGGCUCACACCUGCAGGUUUUCCAGUGCAAAAAAAAAAGCCUGCAAACUGACUGGUGAAAGGCUCGGGCUUCUAUGAACAUAUAGAUUAGCUACACUACAUGACAACAUUUGGAUUCAAAUCAUGGUGGGGAUUUGUUUCUUCAGAGGGACAGGGAAGCUGCAGAAAGAUGUCGAAUCAAAUAGUCUGGGAGUUAAAUGCAGGGAAAUCCUGGAGGAAUAUAUGUAAGAAGCUGGAGGAAAACUGGUUUAGAGGUUCGAUUCUGCAGCUCUGGCUUUUUAACAAAUGCAGGGAUUAACAGAGAACAACUGAACCUGUUAGUUUGCCCUACUGGGAGGCCUGAGUUCACGGAUUUGAAACAUGCUUUGGGUAUUUAAUGCGUACAAAAGGUUGGACUAAAGACACUAAAGAACCUGUCUGCUGGUACUUUCUGGUAGCUUUCUGUUAGGCCUGCGUUUAUGAAGGCAAAGCAUACCGACUAAAAGAAGCUAAAGGGAAAAAAAAAUAAGUCAGACUAAAGAAGAGAAGAACACAUUGCUCUUCUCUUCUUUUUUAAUCAAAAGUAUUUUAAAUACGGAAGUGGCAGCAUCAUGCCAUAUGGUUUGUGUAGUUAUUUAAUGUAAAAAAAACAACACCCAACAAAAGUUUACCCAGGAUUUCAUAGUAGAUAUUUUAAAAAGUGAUCUAGUUUAAAAAGAAACUUCAUAGUUGGGGAAAAAAAGCCUUUUUGCUUAUUAACAUUUUAUGACACAAAUUGUAAAAAAAACAAAAAACAAAAUCAAUAAAUAGAAGCCACUCUUUAUGAAACACCCAUCAUCUCACUGGUCUAGAUUUCAUUCACUCGACCCAAACAGACAAUCAGUAAAUAAUAAAGAGUCAAACAAUAGCAAGCGAGAAAUUUAAACCAGAGGCUGUCACUUCCUUAGACAUGAUUAGAAUAAAAAAAGACUUAAGAGAACUGGGUGUGGGUCACACAGCAGCAGUAUGAAGCUGGGAGAAUUCAUGAUGUGAAUGUAACUUCACAGUAAAACGCUGCAUAAUGAGGCAAAGCCAUCAACACAUGCAGGGGCGGAUCUAGAAAAAUAUUUAUGGGGUGGCAAGAGGGGGGCAGGGAUUUUUUCAGGGGUGGCAGCAUAU